UCAUCUGCCCGAUUCUUCAUUGCAACAUCUCUCUAGCGUACGGACCACGAGAUUAUUGGAAAUAACAAGCAUUGUUCUUUUCCGAGGAACUCUGUCAAAAUCCUCAAUGGCUUCGCAAGCCAGCCUAGGAACUGCCUCGGCAGCCGAUGCUGCGCAGCGGAAGAGAAUCCACAGCCUCAUCGUCGACACAGGUCCUCUGAUCAAGAACGAGCCAGCCUUGUCAACGCUUCUCUCCCAAGCAGAAGAACUGUACACAAUCCCCUCUGUCCUUGCUGAGAUAAAAGACGAGGCCACGCGCUCUCGAGUACAGACGACUCUCCUGCCAUUCCUCAAGCUCCGAAGCCCGCGACCAGAAUCGAUCAAAUUCAUCACCGACUUCUCGAGGCGUACCGGUGAUCUUGAGGUCCUCAGCAAGCCGGACAUACACCUUUUGGCAUUAUGCUAUGAGCUCGAGCUCGAGCGAAAUGGCGGAGAUUGGAGGAUCAGGAAAGAUCCGGGGCAGAAGAGCCUCAAUGGCAAGCCUCCUGCCGCCAAUGACGACAGCACAACAGAGAACGGUGGCAAGGAUGAGACAGUGGACGAGACAGCUGAGGAUCCUGGUGCCGUUGAGGUGGUUCCUGAUGAUGAAGACGACGAUAGUGAUGGUUGGAUCACACCUUCAAAUCUCAAGAAACACCAAGCCAAGGACAACCAGGUGGCAGCCCCUUCGGAGGCCAUACAGGAGACUCUGCAGGCAGCCCUGCUCACCUCUGAUUUCGCUAUGCAGAAUGUGGCCCUGCGGAUCAACCUCAAUCUUGUCUCGCCCUCCAACCUCUCGCGCAUAAAACAGCUGAAGACAUGGGUGCUACGGUGCUACGGCUGCUUCCAUUGGACGAGGCAGAUGGACAGGCAGUUUUGUCCCAAGUGCGGACAGGCCACGCUGACGCGGACCAGCUGCUCGACUGACUCGUCAGGCAACAUGCGUCUACAUCUCAAGAAGAACUUCCAGUACAACAAGCGAGGCAAUGUCUACAGCAUACCAAAGCCUGUUCACGGCAGUGCCAAUGGCAAACAGGCCAACGUGCAGGGCGGGGGGAAGAACCACUGGGGCGCGGAUCUGAUCUUGGCGGAGGACCAGAAGGAAUAUGUGCGCAAGGCAGACUCGGACCGCAGGUCAAGACAGCGUGACCUGAUGGACGAGGAUUACCUGCCUAACCUCGUCAGUGGAGAGAGGACGGGCGGACACGGGCGCAUAAGGGUAGGCGCCGGCCGAAACGUGAAUGCGAAGAAGAGGCGAUAGAGAGGGAGAUUAGAGAACUCCUUCCAGCAAGUGAAUCCAAGCCUCUGGUGCCCGGUUCAGUUCUCUCACAGGCCAUCGAUAGAACUCGACACCGAUAUGUGCCCACGAUGGAAUGAGA